AUGGAUAGUGACAAUAAUUCUGAUAAUUUUGCUGAUGAUAGUAGUGUAGUCCUAGGAGAUAGUCUUUCUAGAUUAGAUGAUAAAAGUAAUAAGCAAACUUUAAAAUUUCAACCUUCUCCAUGGGAUUUAUACUUUUGGCUGUGUGGACAUUGUCACUUGAGAUUCAGUUCUUUAUCCAGUGUCCGUAGCCAUUGUAUAGCUGAUCAUGGAGUUUGCUGCAGCUGGCAAUGUGCUGACUGUUUAGAGAGGGUUGAUGAGUAUGAACUAUUUAUCAAACACAUACAGACACAUAAUAGUGAGAUGUUGAAUUAUUGCGAACAGUGCAAUGUAAAGCUAGAAAAUGGUCAUACCCACAGUGCCAUAGACCAUCCAAUGUGUAAAUAUUGUGGAGACAUAUUUGAAAGUCCAGAAUUACUUUUACACCACCAAAAUAAAUACCAAAAUGGAAAAGUUACCCUAGCUGAAACUCGUUUAUCCUUAGAAAAUCAGUGUAAAGAAUCAUGGAGCUCUUAUAAGUGGGCUUGUAAGUAUUGUGAUAUGAUAACGUUGAGCAAGGAAGCUCUACGGUACCAUUCAAGGCUAGUCCAUGGAAAAUGCUUUGGGAUGAAAUGUACCGAUUGUGAUAUUAGUUUAACAAAUUUUGUACAAUUUGUUGACCAUGUCAGAAUGCACAGAGAGAAUCUUAGGUAUUACUGCCCGUACUGUGACAUUCCUCUUACUGACGAAACACAUUUGAAACAGCAUACAGUUGAUUCCAUUAAUUGCAAUUCCUGUGGUGAGCUGUUUCAAAGCCAACGAGACCUUUGCGAGCACAUAUCAACCGUCAAAGAGGAUAUAAAAAUUACAUACAAAACAAGGAAAUCUAAAAGCAUCAAAAAGAUAGAAAAAGUAAUCACAGAAGAAGAUUUAAUUUGCAAUUUUUGCGGAAAGCGAACAAAAAGUCUGAAGUCACUAAGGUUGCAUAUGAAACGGCACUCGGACAGGAACAGAGACUACACCUGUGACAGAUGUGGUAAAACCUUCUUGACAAAGUCAACCCUAUCAGCCCACAUCAUAAUACACGAGAACCCUGAUCCCGAGGUCUGCAAGAUUUGCAAAAAGACCUUCCUAACUCUAACGAGGCUGAAGAAACACGUAAAAACUCAUUACAACGAACGACCGUUUCGCUGCGAAGUGUGUCAUAAAUGCUUUAGGCUUAAAGAGCAUUUGAAAAGUCAUGCGGUGACCCACACAGACGAAAUGCCGUACCAUUGUCAGUAUUGCGAGAAGUCUUUUAAACAUCGAAAUGUUUUAAAGACUCAUGAAAACCAGCACACAGGUGCGAGACCAUACGCCUGUGAAAUCUGUGAUAUGUAUUUUGCUAACUGGUCUAAUUGUAACAAGCAUCUUAAACGGAAACAUGGUACUACCUUAGCUAAGAAUGUCAUAACGCCGCAAGGGAAACUGCCUAUCAAUCCAAAGACAGGCAAGCCGAAGAAGUUGAAAGAUUUGGAGACAGUCAAAGAUUGGACAGAGAGUAUAAUGGGGAGUAAAAAGAGAGGAUGGAGUGAAUCUAAGGCGGUUGAUUGAAUUUAUAGUUUCAGUUUUGAUGCUUGAUUUGAAUUGUUUGCUGGCGUUGUGUCAACGUGUCGACGCGCAGGAGUCCUUUAUUAUAUAAACAAUCGACUAUAAUAUAGUUGUUUUAGCUACGUACUUUACAGAUCAUAAUAAAUAUGUACAA